CACAGAUUUUGCUUUGUACAAAAAGUACUUGGUCGCAUGUGGAAAAUUCUUAUCAAUCUAUUAUCUCAUCUAUUAGAAGUACCUCGUCGUUAUAAAAACACUUGGACAUCGAUAUUGAUUCACAGUUGUGAAUGGGGCAUAAGUCAAGGAUGAGGAACCUACUGGUAAUCUUUGCCCUUUGUGUUUUGUGCGUUAGUGCAAAACCGGCGAAAAAAAUUAGGGAAAGCUCUUGUGGCUACGAGACAUGCCACCCCGUGGAUAAUACAAAAAUAAAUGUGCAUCUUAUACCUCACUCACACGACGACGUAGGUUGGCUAAAAACAGUCGAUCAGUACUUCUUUGGAGCCAAAACUAACAUCCAAAGUGCCGGAGUCAACUACAUCAUAACCAACACAGUUCAAUCACUGAAAGCGAAUCCAAACAGAAGGUUCAUCCAGGUGGAGACGGAGUUCUUUAAAAAAUGGUGGGAAGAAGCGUCGGACAGCCUUCGCCAGGACUUCAGAGAUCUGGUAAACAACGGCCAGAUCGAAAUGAUCAACGGCGCCAUCGCCAUGAACGAUGAGGCUUGCACCAACUACAUGUCGACCAUCGAUCAGUUCACCUGGGGUUUGAGGUUCUUGAACGACACUUUGGGACGUUGCGGUAUCCCGAAGAUCGGCUGGCAAAUCGAUCCCUUCGGACACAGCAGGGAGCAGGCCUCCUUGUUCACGCAGUUCGGUUUCAACGGAUUCUUCUUCUCGAGACUUGACGAGAACGACAGGAAGAACAGGAAGGAGAACAGAAGACUCGAUUUCUUGUGGCAAGGCAGUUCCAGUUUGGAAAACAACGAGAUUUUCGGAAGCAUCUUCCCUACUAGCCUAUAUUUCCCUCCCAAUGAUCUUAACUGGGAUGUUGGUGCUACCGAUGAUCCGGUCAUCGAUGAUCCGGAAAGUCCUGACUACAAUGUUCCUAAAUUCCUUACUAGCGUCAAAAAAACGAUCGAUGAGUACAAAAACUGGUUCCCAACGAACAACAUCAUUUUCCCAAUGGGAGGUGAUUUCCAAUAUCAGGCUGCUGAAAUGCAGUUUUUGAACAUGGACAAACUCAUCAAGAUUUUUGAAAACAAUUCUGAUAUCAAUGUCAUCUAUUCCACACCAUCGUGUUACUUGAAGGCAGUAUAUGAUGCUAACCCGACUCUUAAAUUGAAAACUGAUGACUUCUUCCCAUAUGGCAACAGCGACCAUGAAUAUUGGGCGGGAUACUUCACAUCAAGACCCAAUUCCAAGAGAUUUGAAAGGACAGGAAACAAUAUCUUGCAAGCGACAAAACAACUCACUGCAUUAGCAAAACUUUCUGGUGGAAAGGAUUACACUGAUGAUGUUAACGAUUUGCGCGAAGAAAUGGGCAUUAUGCAACAUCACGAUGCUAUUACUGGUACUGAAAAGCAACACGUAACUUCCGACUACGUUAGAAGAUUAACCAAAGGAAUUAGAAAUGCUGAAGAACAUUUGGAUGAAGUUAUUGGAACACUUUUGGAAGCUAAAUUGGAUGGGGUUAAUCUUCAAUCUUGCCUUCUUGCUAAUGUUAGUAUCUGCAGUACUGAAAAAGGAAACAAUGUUAUUGUUGUUUACAAUCCUCUAUCUAGACCAGUAUCUCAUUAUGUACGUGUCCCAGUUGCCGACGGAGAUUACAUAGUAACUGGAUCUGACUCUACUCAAAUUAAGUCAAACAUUGUGCCAGCCAUCUCAAGUUUCGAUUAUAUCCCAAAUGAAGUCGGUACUCCACUUCCAAAUGAAUUAGUUUUUCUAGCUGAAAGCAUUCCUGCUUUUGGUCUCCAAGUGUACUAUUUGGAAAAAUCUGGUGAAACCACACCAAAAUCUGAAAAUAAACAAUUAAAAUAUACUUACGGAGAUAAUGUCAACGGAUUCACAAUCAACUCUACGACAGGUUUGCUGAGUUCUGUCACCAUCCAAGGAAAAACUGUUGAAAUUACACAAGAAUUUUUAUACUACGAAAGUGCUGAAAGCGGCAUUUGGUCUGGCGCAUAUCUAUUCCGCCCAAAAGUUAACACAACAGCUAAAUCACUCUCUGAAUCUGUUAAAAUUAAAUCUGUCAGGAGCACUGAUAAUGUAGAUGAGGUUGUUCAAGUAUUCAAUGAUUACAUUACACAAAUCAUCCGUGUCUACAAAAACGUUGAGCAUAGCUACAUUGAGUUUGACUGGCUUGUUGGACCAUUACCAAUUGGUGAACAGGCUGGCAUGGGCAAUGAGAUUAUUUCGAGGUUCACAGUUUCAGAUUUCGACAACGAUCAAGUUUUCUACACUGACUCCAAUGGCAGGGAAUUGAUUAGACGUGAAAUUAACAAACGUCCCGAUUACACCUACGACCCAUCCUACGAACCGAUCGCCAGCAAUUACUAUCCUGUUACUUCUAGAAUUUUGAUCCGAGAUGAAGCCAAGAAUUUAGAAGUGGCCGUUUUGAACGAUCGUUCCCAAGCAGGUUCGAGCUUGGACAAUGGAGAAUUGGAACUUAUGGUGCACAGGCGUUUGUUCCAUGACGACUACAAAGGUGUCGACGAGAACUUAAACGAAACCGAAUUUGGACAAGGUGUUGUGGUUAGGGGAUCACACUACCUUACACUUGGGGAAAUUUCUCCAAAGGAGGGAAAUUCUGCGGCGGUUAUUGAAAGAGAGUUGGCUUUGAGAAAACUGCUGGCACCUUUGGUGCUUGUUGGGUCGACCGAUAAAACGAAGAAUGAAGUAAAUGAAAUAAAUUUCGAAUAUGUUUCUAUCAAGAAAAGUCUUCCUGAUAAUGUGAACGUUUUGACUCUGGAACCAUGGAAAGAUAACAGUUACAUCUUGAGGCUUGAAAAUAUUUAUGAAAGCGAUGAGAAUUCGAAUGUAGCAACUGUUGAUCUAAAUCAUAUUUUUGAAAAAAUACAGUUUAGCAAUAUUCAAGAAACAACUUUGGCAGCUAACCAAUGGUUGGACGAGUUCUCUGAAAUUCCUAAAUUCUCGUGGACAUCUGAUGUACGUAAAAUGAAAGGAUGGAAUGUUGACACCAGCAAAGAGAGUGGCAGCACUAUAACAUUGGCACCUAUGCAAAUUAGAACCUUCAUUGUAGAAGUUUAAAUGAAUUUCAUAUUUUUAUGACAAAUAAAAUGUUUUAUUUUUA